AUGGCGUCCCCUACUUAUUCUCCUCGCUCGCGUCCUCCUCCCCAUCCCAAGCUCAAGAUGGACCUCCCUUCCCCCUCCUCCGACUUCACCACCGCCGUCUUUGUCUCAAACCUCCACUGCGCAAGGCAUGCAUGCAUCUCCGUCAUCUUUACAUCGACCAUCGAAGAUGCCCUGUCGACGCUCUCACCCGCCCCAUUGUCCGUCGAUGUAUCCACUGUCACCCAGAUAGUCACCAUCAAGCACUCGCUCGCCCUCUCCCCCUCAGCGAUCAAGGCUGCCAUCGACGAGGCCGGAUUCGAUAUCGUCGACACGCCCGUUGAAACCGCCUCGCAUCCCCCCCUUUCAUUCCCCCACAGCAUCGCCCGUCUGCCUGCCCUUCUCACCGGCAAGUCCAGGAAGCACUUUGACCAAUGCUCCCUCUGCCAGUCGGAACACAGCGCGCACAUGCAGCGCGAGGCAGGCCCCUCCCACGCCGGGCGCGACAAGUUUGGCGAAGAGACGCUUACAGAGCUACCCGAGCUCAAGGACAUCAAAGACGAUUCGUCCUUUGUUGAGGACAGCAAGGGAAAGCGUCCCGCGUCCCCUCUCCCGGCCGCUCCCCCGGCGCCAGCAGUCCCCACUGCUGCUGACGGCCAACACCAUGUCACACUCUCCGUCGGAGGUAUGACCUGCGCGUCUUGCUCUUCCGCGGUCACCCGCGCGCUAUCAGAAUUACCCGGCAUCUCGGAUGUUGCGGUUAACCUCCUUGGUAACUCCGCCACGCUUAGAGCAGACAAUGCCGCCCUCGUCCCCGGAGUCAUCGAGGCCAUCGAGGAUGUUGGGUACGAAGCAGAGGUCAUCAGCGUCGAUCCUGUCCGAGCCCCACCCACCGCACGUCAGGCAUCCCGCCCGCAAGCCGACGGCCCACAGCGUCUGACGCUGUCUGUCGGCGGCAUGACCUGUGCCUCCUGCGCCAACACGGUAACGGACAUGGUAUCUGCCGUGCUGGGAGUCUCUGAAGUCGUCGUCAACGUCCUCGGGGGCUCUGCCACCGUAGUAGUCGAGCGCAAGGAGAUCGCUACACAGGUCGUGGAGGCAAUCGAAGACGCCGGCUACGAAGCCGAAGUGAUCAGAGUUGAGCCUCUGAGCGUACCUGGUGAGAAGGAAGAGGUGCAUUUAGGCCCGCGUACCGUAUCCCUUCGCGUGGAGGGCAUGUUCUGCCAACAUUGCCCGCAGAAAGUGAUGAACGCACUCUCGUCAUUCGGCGACCGCGUUACGGUAGAGAAACCCCUCACCACGCAUACAGACCCCAUCCUGCGCAUUUCUUACCUUCCCGAACCCCCAGCGUUUACCCUCCGGCAGAUCAUUCGCGCCAUCUCCCUUUCCCCCGAGUCGGCGACGCCGUUCACAGUAUCCAUCUACCACCCGCCCUCCCUCGAGGACCGUGCACGGUAUAUGCAGGAUCGCGAGAAGCGGCACCUCCUCCAGCGGUUCUUCUUUGCGCUGAUCGUAACUAUCCCGACGUUCAUCAUCAGUAUCGUGUACAUGGAUCUCCUCCCUUCGUCGAACACAGGCCGACAGUGGUUCGAGCGCCCCAUGUGGUCGGGGAACGCGUCCCGUGCGACCUGGUCGCUGUUCUUCCUCGCGACGCCGGUCAUGUUCUACAGCGCAGGCACCUUCCAUCGCCGCAGCAUCAAGGAGAUCUGGGCGCUGUGGAGGCCCGGAAGCAAGACGCCAGUGCUGCGGAGAUUUAUCAGGUUCGGAAGCAUGAAUUUGCUGGUUUCCACCGGUGUAUCUGUGGCGUACUUCGCGUCCAUCGCGCUACUUGGCCUCGCGGGCUCUCAGCCGCCUUCGCCUCACGGAAUGGGUGACACAACAACCUACUUUGAUUCGGUCGUAUUCUUGUCCAUGUUUCUGCUGCUCGGACGGUACCUGGAGGCCUACAGCAAGGGCCGUACUGCUGAUGCCAUCACUGCCCUGGGCAAAUUGCGCCCGACGUCUGCGCUCGUCAUCGUCCCCGCGUCCGAGCCGUCCAACGAAACUCCAAGCUCCAGGUCGUCUACAACCGAAGUCGAUCUCGAGAAGGGCAGCGUCGAAAAGGAGGAGCCCAGCCUCGCCGCGAGGCACGGCAUGAAGGUGGAGCGCAUCGACGCAGAGUACCUCGAGGUCGGCGACGUCGUCCGCGUGCAGAACGGCGCGAGCCCGCCCGCGGACGGGACGGUCGCCUUUGGAGACGGCGGCGCGUUCGAUGAGAGCUCGCUGACGGGCGAGUCGCGCUUGGUGAAGAAGCAGGUCGGGGACAACGUGUUUGUCGGGACGAUCAACAAGGCGGGAGUCGUGGAUGUGCGCGUUGAUGCGAUCGGCGGCGAGACGAUGCUCGAUCACGUCGUGCAGGUCGUCCGCGAAGGCCAGACCCGUCGUGCGCCGAUCGAGCGCGCGGCGGACAUGCUCACGGGCUACUUCGUCCCUGUCGUCACGUUACUAGCGGUGAUCACUUGGGUCGUCUGGCUCGGCCUCGGGCUAGGCGGUGUCCUGCCCGAGAGCUACCUAGACAUCGACGUCGGAGGCUGGGUCGUCUGGUCUCUUGAGUUCGCCAUUUCCGUCUUCGUUGUGGCGUGCCCGUGCGGCAUCGGCCUCGCCGCGCCCACAGCGCUCCUCGUGGGGUCGGGACUCGCCGCCAAACACGGUAUCCUCGCGCGUGGAGGAGGCGAGGCCUUUCAGGAGGCCGCACAGCUCGACAUCAUCGUCUUCGACAAGACCGGGACACUCACCGAGGGGGGCGAGCCGCGUGUAACGGACGCCGAGAUUGUCGCCCAGGACGCGUCGCCGCGGCUGACGCGCGAGGUUGUGCUCGGGAUCGCCGCGGAGGUCGAGUCUGCCAGCUCCCACCCCCUUGCGACCGCCAUCCGCCAGUACUGCGCAGACAAUGCGGCUGCCCCGCAGAGCGGCGAGGAGUUCGAGGAAGUUCCCGGGCGUGGCCUCAAGGUCCGCUUCGCCGCUCUUCAGUGUACAGCUAUUAUCGGAAACGAAGCGUGGAUGGACGUGAACGGCAGCGCGACGGGCGGGGCGCUGGCGAACAAGCUGGACGCAUGGAAGGCAGAAGGGAAGAGCGUGGUCCUGCUCUCGAUCCGCGACGAUUCCGUCGAGUCGCCGGCGUUCUGCACCGCUGCCAUAUUUGCUGUCGCCGAUCCGCUCAGACCGGAGGCACCGGCGGUCAUCCGGCGUCUGCACGAGCAGGGCAUCGGGACCUGGAUGAUCUCGGGCGAUAACGAGAUCACAGCCAAGGCCGUCGCGCGGACGGUGGGCAUUUCCGAGACGAAUGUGAUCGCGGGCGUGCUCCCUCACGAGAAGGCUGAGAAGAUCCAGUGGCUACAACAAGUCGGGAUGAGGAGGCAGCGGAAGUCGUGGCGGAGAUUCUUUGGAUUCCGGAAGCGGAAGGUCAACGAGCGCUGCGUCGUGGCUAUGGUUGGCGACGGUAUCAAUGACGCACCGGCUCUGACAGCUGCUGAUGUCGGAAUUGCAAUUGGCUCAGGGAGCGAUGUGGCGCUCUCCAGCGCCGCGUUCAUCCUUGUAUCGGCAAACCUGUACUCGCUCCUGACUCUGACCGACCUGUCAAGGAAAGUAUUUAACAGGGUCAAGUUCAAUUUCUUAUGGGCGACAUGCUAUAACGUUGUUGCUGUACCGAUCGCAGCUGGUGUGAUAUACCCAGCGGGUAAUGCCAGGCUCCCGCCUGUGUGGGCUUCGUUAGCUAUGGCCUUUUCCUCUGUGUCGGUCAUUUGUAGCUCGCUUCACUUGAAACUCUACAAGGGCACACCAAUUCCUCACGAUUAG